CCGGGUGUGAUCUGCUCGAGUGUCUGCGCACUGCGUGUCGUCGAUUCAUUAAUAAUAUAUGCUAGUCUCCGAGGUCUCGUUGGAUGCACUGCACGGUAGCUACCUAGGUACUGUAUGGGUGGCACCGUAGCUGCGAGUCGCCUUACUUCUUCCUUGCAUCAACCGGCAUGUUAAUUGAUGUCAACCCUACACAAAUUCACAUUUGCCAUCUUUCCUUCUGCACGUCGCCUGCGGGUAUCCUGUUGGGCAUAUCGACAGGCGACUCUUCAAUAAUAAUAUACAGGAUACGGUACUCCGAUCAAUCCUGAGCUCCGGGUAAACUCGGCUAUCAUGGCUCUCAAUCUCGAGAAGCAGCUACUCUUCUAUGGGGCAUACCACCAUGACCCUAUCAAUGUAGGAAUUCACAUCAUCUUCGUCCCAACAAUCUUGUUGACGGCCUUCCUCUUCGGCACCAACACUCCUGCCAUCCCGAUACCAGAAUGGGCGACCAUCCCCAACCUGCCUCUCAAUUUGGGAACCAUAGCCUGUGUGACAUACACCGGACUCUAUGUCCUUAUGGAACCCGUCGCCGGAGCGAUGCUGGCCCCUCUACUCUUCGGUGCGACCGCGUACGCCAAUCAUUUGACCUCAACCUAUGGCAUGAAAGCCAACUACAUUGCCAUCGGAGUCCACGUCGUGUCAUGGAUCGUUCAAUUUAUUGGUCAUGGGGUCUUUGAGGGUCGGGCGCCGGCUUUGCUUGACAACCUGGUUCAAGCCAUCUUCCUGGCUCCCUUCUUCGUUUGGCUGGAGAUCCUCUUCGCUCUUGGCUAUCGCCCUGAGUUGAAGUCAAGGCUGGACCAGGCUAUCGAGAAAGAGGUCUCCAAAUUUAAAACUCAGAAGGAUGUCAAAGCGAAUGGAACGGCGAAAUGAGUAUGUGUGGUUGGUGACGCAUAACGACGUUUUUCAUUUAUAUGUCCUGGAGCAGAAAUGGGAGGAUGGCAAUGCAUGCAAAAGUACAACAAAGCAUCAAUAUCUGGCCGCACUGUGGUUGGGGAUGGUGAUGACUCGUAUUCAACGCCGGAAAUGAAACAAUCGGAUGGCGAAGUUCCACGCGCUCGACAGCGAAGCCAGCUCGAACAAUUGUAGAGUACAGCGAGGUGCUGAUGCGCAAUCUUCUUUCUCACUUGAUCUGGUCUAAUCAUACAUGCGAGUAAUUUCAGACCCAUUUCCCAUGUCCCAAACGCCUACGCUAAGCAUACAAAAGACACGUCCCCAAAUAUUCGCUUUCCUCUUCUAUUGCUCCAC